AAUCACAAUAACAUCGUCAAAUUACACGCUUCAAAAUUAAUAGCUCCAGUAUUACGACCUUUAUUAUUUUUGCUCUCCAUAUUCAACUUCAAGCUCAAAUGAAGGCACUCGUGCUAAACGCUGAAGCUCGGACAGCCUCUGUGGAGGAGGUAGCUGUCCCUACAGCUGCUCAGGGCGAAGCAGUGGUGAAAGUCUUCGCCAUCGCACUAAAUCCAGUAGACGCCCUUUACACACUCAAUCCGCUUGGCAAGAGUGGGAGAAUCGUGGGCAGUGACUUUUCUGGCACAGUAUUUGCGACAGCAGACGGCGAUGGCGACAUCAAGAUUGGCACAAAAGUGGCGGGCUUUCUACAGGGCGCAAGCAGUGUCAAUGAGCGGCCUGGAGCAUUCGCAGAAUACGUUACCUGCCCGGUGGACCUGCUUUGGCGAAUGCCUGAGGAUUUGACGUUCGAGGAGGCUGCGACUAUAAGCCUUUGUGCUCUAACGGCGGCGCAGGCGCUAUUCUAUCGUCUGGAUCUACCGGCGCCAUUUGACUGGGUACCAGGAACACCCCGCAUCAGACCCGGUGGUCGUUCGGCAGGUCUUCCAGAUCGAGUUCCAUUAACUGUCCUUGUAUAUGGUGCGUCAACUUCUGUUGGACUGUUCGUAGCACAGCUUCUGCGGUCGUCGGUAGUACACACUGGAGCAUCAUUGAAGAUGAUUGGUGUAGCGAGUCAAAAGAACUUUCCGUCAUUGCACUCUGAACCAUACCUUUACGACACCUUGAUUGACUACAGAGAUCAAGACUGGUCUCGUCAGGUUCUAGAGCAGACAAAUGAACAUGGUGUGGCAUACGCAAUUGAUUGUAUUUCAGAAGGAACUACGGUCAAAAAUGUCGCCGGUGUCUUGAGUGACGGAGGCAAGAUGGCCAUCGUCAGAUCGAGGGAGGGCGGCGCUUGGGAUGCCGAAGGAUUACCCGAAAAUAUCCGCCCGAGUUAUGGCGCCGUGUGGGAAGGCCUCGGAGUCGACGUGCAAUACCAAGGUCUUGUUGUGCCGGCAUCUAGUCAAUCUCGGACGUUCACAACUGCCUUCUUUAAGUGGUUGUCCAGCGGUCGAAGGAUUAAUGGUAAUCCUGUCAGGCUAAUGCCGGGUGGUCUGGAGAAUAUCACGCAUGAUGGCUUUGUGCUACUUGGUUCUGGUGCUAUGAAAGAUCGCGGUAAGGAUCGACGCGAGCCUUGGAUGAGGCCAAUUAGUGCUGAGAAGUUAGUGUAUCGACCUUUUUGAUGAUUAAUCAUCGUUGCAAGAAAGGGUUACUGAAAAGAUUCCUAAAACGUGACUCGUGAAAUAGACGCG